AUGACGACCGCGAUAGAUGCCGGCCGCUUCUUCCAGACCGAUGAAUCCAUCGAGCAGAUCGAGCGAAAGUCUCGCAAAUCUGCCAAUACCUUUGGAGAGCCUUUGAAGCUUGGCUCCAAGCUACUUGCCAUUGAAGCCGCUGGUCAGCGUGUGGUCUACGUAGCAGAAGCGGCAGGGAGCGUGUCAGAGAUCCGUUUGUCGACCAACGAUAUUUCUAGGAGUCCUCGAGGCCCUGCCGCGCCUCUGACUUGUGUGGCCUUGUGUAGAACAACUGAAGCGACACGUGUCUUCGCGGGUUGUUGGGAUAAAUCGAUAUGGUCAUACGUCCCUCCAAAUGGAGCACGUGUGCAGCCUCAGAUCACAUCCUUCGCGGCACAUGCCGACUUUGUCAAGUGUGUUGCGGUAGUCCCAACGCCGGACAAGCAGACAAUACUCAUAAGUGGAGGUGCUGAUGGCGAUGUCCGGUUAUGGACUCUAGAUGGCAAGGCUUUGGGUAAAAUCAGCCCUAAGUGUCGAGCUAUCGAAAGUAUCGUCCUUGACCCGAUGUCAUCUGCCGAAGCUCCUGUGGUCUUCUUCUCUACGUCGCAGCGAGAAAUCUUCCAAAUGGCUAUUCCGCCACUGGCCGCAAUCAGCAGCUCGGCUCUUCAACUCUCUGCACCAAUCGUGGUUCACGAGACCAGCGUGUACAAGAUGGUCUUUGAUGCUGAUGGUGAUCUGUGGACUGCGUCCGCCGACAAGACCGCCAAGCACCUCGUUCGCGAAAAUGGAUGGCAAUCCGAUACUGUUCUACCACAUCCAGACUUCGUUCGUGAUGUUGCGGUGCAUGACAAGUAUGGCCUGGUCAUAACCGCAUGCAGAGACGAAGAAGUCCGGAUAUGGAACGCAUCAAGCGGUCAAUUGGUGCAUAUUUUCACGGGUCAUUACGAAGAAGUCACAGGUCUGGCGCUGGCCGAAGACCUGCUACUUAGCGUCAGUAUCGACGGGACCCUGCGUCGUUGGAGUCUUGCUCCGGUCGAUCUACAAAAAGCCAUCAAAGAAGCCUCCGAUCCAGAUCUGGCUAAAGAUGUCCCUGAACCCGAUACAGAUCUCUCGAUGCUGACCGCGGAGGAGGAAGCCGAGCUUCGAGCCAUGAUGGAGGGUGAAGAAGCAAGCGUUAUGGAAGCAAUGGCCAAAGACGAGCAAUGA